GAUGGGACGGAGGAGCGCACGCGGGCCCGGCAUGGCGGGUGGGCGUUGAGGUAUAAGGGUCCAACGUCCAAGCCAUCUGCUGCAAGCCACCAAGGAAGAAUACUCGGAACGUUGUGCGGACGGUCAGAGUAUUUACCAUCUAAUUGUCUAUCUUCGUCUCGUGCCGACUUCGUAUUAUCUUAUACCUACCGACCGCGGAGCCCUUCAUUCGUUGUGUCUUGAGAGAUACUUGGUCAUCACAAUAUGACAGUCACCCAGCGUAAGUGGUGGAAGGAUGGCGUCGUAUACCAGAUCUACCCUGCGAGCUUCAAGGACUCGAAUGGCGAUGGGGUGGGCGAUUUGAAUGGCAUUCUGUCCGAGCUGGACUACAUCCGCUCAAUUGGCGUGGAUACCAUUUGGAUCUGUCCCAUGUACGACUCGCCGCAGGUGGAUAUGGUGUACGACAUCAGAGACUAUGAGAAAGUCUACCCGCCAUACGGCACAAACGAGGACAUGGAACGACUCAUCGCCGAGACGCAUGCCCGGGGUAUGCGCAUCGUCCUCGAUUUAGUCGUCAACCACACCUCUGACCAGCAUGCCUGGUUCCAAGAAUCCCGCUCCUCGAAGGACUCCCCCAAGCGCGACUGGUACAUCUGGCGGCCGGCUCGCUACAUCGACGGCGUGCGCCAUCCCCCAAACAAUUGGCUCGGCAACUUCGGUGGCUCCGUUUGGCAAUGGGACGAGCACACCGAGGAAUACUACCUGCACCUCUUCUGCCCCGAGCAGCCAGACCUCAACUGGGAGAAUCCCGUCACGCGGCAGGCGAUCUACAAGUCCGCCAUGGAGUUCUGGCUCGAGCGCGGUGUCGACGGGUUCCGCGUUGAUACUGUGAAUAUGUAUAGUAAGGGCGACAUGUCAGAUGCUCCGGUCACAGAUCCAGAGAGCGAGUGGCAGUUUGCGGGGCUGCAGUACUGUAAUGGGCCAAGGAUGGCCGAGUUCCUGGGAGAGAUGAACGAGGUGCUUGCGCGGUAUGAUGCAAUGACUGUGGGCGAGUGUCCGAAUACGCCGGAUAUGAAGAGGGUGGUGCAGUAUGUGUCUGCGCGGGAGAAGCAGCUGAACAUGGUGUUUCAAUUUGACGUCGUCGACAUCGGCCAAGGCCCGUACAAAUUCCAGACCACACCCAAAAACUACAAACUGCCAGCGUUCAAGGACGCCAUCGCAUGCACGCAGUCCCUCCUCCGCCUCGCCCCCGACGCCUGGACCACCGUCUUCCUCGAAAACCACGACCAGUCCCGCUCCAUCACGCGCUUCACCUCCGACUUGCCCCAGCACCGCGUCGCAGGCGGCAAACUCCUCGCGCUGAUGAUGUGCGCGCUCUCAGGGACUCUGUUCAUCUACCAAGGCCAGGAACUCGGCAUGACCAACUUCCCCGAGACCUGGGACAUGAGCGAAUACAAGGACGUAGAUUCCAGCAACUACUACAAGAUGGUGGCCCAGCGGAGCGGCGGCGACGCAACCAAACUCGCCGAGGCGAAAAGCAGUCUGCAGCAUCUUGCGCGAGACCAUGCGCGUGUGCCGAUGAGCUGGAGUACCGGGAAGUACAAUGGCUUUUCGCCGGCGGACAGCAGCGCGGAGCCGUGGAUGCGGCCGCUGGAAGAUGCUGCCGCGUGCAACGCGGAGCAGCAGAAGGGGGACAAGGGGAGCGUCUUGGCGUUUUGGAAGAGGAUGCUGCAGGUCAGGCGGGCACACUGUGACUUGCUCGUCCACGGCGAGUUUGAUGAUCUGGACAACGCGAACGAGGCUGUGUUUACUUUCAGCAAGACGUGGCAGGGCAAGAGGGCGGUUGCCGUGUGCAACUUCACCGAGAAGGCGCAGAGGCUGGAGUUGCCUGAGAGCGUGAGGAACACUAAGAGAGAGAUGCUGAUCUCAUCCCUUGGAGGCGGAGACGAGGCGGAGUUGGCAGCGUGGGAAGGACGGGUGUACUUGCUUUCUUAGACCAGAGAGUGUGGGAUAGAAGUUGAGCGUUUGGUCUGCGGUGUAGAGACAUGGUUGGGAACAUAGAUCGUGGCCCGGUGCUAGACUGCAAUCAUCACGAAGUAUGACAAUACGCAAUCGAAUUUCAAAGUAUUUGUUUCUGGGUUUCGCACCGGGUACGAAUAUGCUUUCUCCUUUUGCACAUUGCCGAGACCACGCCUCUAUCAUUGCCGUCAUUUAUUUCUGUUGUUCCCAUGUUUUCGUUAUCCAGGUCCAUUCAUAUUCGUCUUCUAACUCCCAAUCUCAUGUCUAGUAACCCCGGUCAUCCACUUUGUGUGGUUCUUCCGGUAGGGGGUCGUGACUGCCCGAGUCUCAUAUUUCGUUCUUGUCGCGCUGUCAGAGUCGUCCGCAUGACGUCCGCCUGGAGCUCUAUCCCCUGGGAAGGACUGUAACACAUAGUGUGGGCGGCAAAGA